AUGGAGCAGUUCAAAGGUCAACCUCGCCUUCCGAAAUUCGCCGUCCCAAAACGAUACGAAUUACGGCUCAAACCGGACCUUACAACUUGCAAAUUCGGCGGCUCCGUCUCCGUCGACCUCGAUAUCGUUGCCGAUACCCAAUUUAUCGUCCUCAACGCCGCCGAGCUCUCCGUCAAUGCUGGUUCCGUGUCCUUCACUCACGGAGACUCUUCCAAGGUUUUCAAGCCUUCGAAAGUUGAGGCAUUCCAAGAAGACGGGAUUUUGGUUUUGGAGUUUGGGGAGACUCUUCCGAUUGGGCCUGGAGUUUUGGCUAUUGGGUUUGAAGGAAUUUUGAAUGACAAUAUGAAAGGCUUCUAUAGGAGUACAUAUGAGCAUAAUGGCGAGAAGAAAAAUAUGGCAGUUACACAGUUUGAACCGGUUGAUGCCAGGCGGUGCUUUCCUUGUUGGGAUGAACCUGCUUGGAAGGCUACAUUCAAGAUUACAUUGGAUGGUGUUCCAUCUGAAUUAGUAGCUCUUUCCAACAUGUCGAUUCUAGAAGAAAAAGUGGAUGGAAAUCUGAAGACAGUUUCAUAUCUUGAAUCACCAAUUAUGUCUACCUAUUUGGUAGCCGUUGUUAUUGGAUUGUUUGAUUAUGUUGAAGAUCAUACAUCUGAUGGGGUCAAAGUGCGGGUGUAUUGUCAAGUUGGCAAGGCAAACCAAGGGAAGUUUGCUUUGUAUGUUGCUGUCAAGACACUUGAGUUGUACAAAGAAUACUUUGCUGUGCCAUACUCUUUGCCCAAAUUGGAUAUGGUUGCAAUCCCUGAUUUUUCUGCUGGUGCCAUGGAGAAUUAUGGUUUAGUUACAUACCGAGAAACAGCUUUGCUCUUUGAUGAACAGCAUUCUGCAGCUGCUAACAAGCAAAGGGUUGCAACUGUCGUGGCACAUGAACUGGCACACCAGUGGUUUGGAAAUCUCGUCACGAUGGAAUGGUGGACACAUUUAUGGCUCAAUGAGGGAUUUGCAACAUGGGUGAGCUAUUUAGCUACUGAUAGCUUGUUUCCAGAAUGGAAAAUAUGGACUCAGUUUCUUGAUGAACUCACUGCUGGUCUUAAGCUGGAUGGGCUUGAAGAAUCUCACCCCAUUGAGGUGGAGAUUAAUCAUGCUGCCGAGGUUGAUGAAAUAUUUGAUGCCAUAAGUUACAAAAAAGGUGCUUCUGUUAUUCGGAUGCUACAAAGCUAUCUUGGUGCUGAAGUCUUCCAGAGGUCACUUGCUUCAUAUAUAAAAAAGCAUGCUUCCUCAAAUGCAAAGACAGAAGAUUUGUGGGCUGCUCUUGAGGAGGGAUCUGGUGAACCUGUGAACAAGCUAAUGAAUUCAUGGACCAAGCAAAAGGGUUACCCGGUUAUAUCUGUCAAAGUCAAAGAUCAAAAAUUGGAGUUUGAUCAGACACAAUUCUACUCAAGCGGUUCCCAAGGUGAUGGGCAAUGGAUUGUGCCAAUAACAUUGUGCUGUGGCUCAUAUGAUGUACGCAAGAGUUUCCUACUACAAUCAAAGUCUGAAACUCUUGACAUAAAGGAAUUUCUGGGUUGCUCAGUAGCAACUGGAUGUGGAAGCGCAAGCAAUAAAAACAACGCAGUAUGCAGUUGGAUAAAAGUCAAUGUGGAUCAGACUGGUUUUUACCGGGUGAAAUAUGAGGAGGAACUUGCAGCUGCACUUAGAAAUGCUAUAGAAAAGAAACACUUGUCUUCAACUGACAGAUUUGGAAUUUUGGAUGAUUCGUUUGCCCUCUCUAUGGCUCGCCAGCAGUCCUUUGCUUCAUUGCUUACCUUGUUGAGUGCUUACAGAGAGGAACUUGACUAUACAGUGCUGUCAAAUUUGAUAACUAUAAGUUAUAAGUUGGCAAGAAUUGCAGCUGAUGCUGUACCCGAGCUACUGGAUCUCAUCAAUCAAUUCUUUAUCGGCCUUCUCCAGUAUUCUGCAGAGAAGCUCGGUUGGCAGCCUAAACCCGGUGAGAGCCAUUUAGAUGCAAUGUUGAGAGGAGACAUUUUGACUGCCCUUUCUGUGUUUGGACAUGACCAGACGAUUGAUGAAGCAAGUAGGCGUUUUCAUGCCUUUUUGGAUGACAGAAACACACCCCUCCUUCCUCCUGACAUAAGAAGGGCAGCAUAUGUGGCUGUAAUGCAAAGAGCAAGCGCAUCUAACCGAUCAGGCUAUGAAUCUCUUCUUAGAGUUUACAGAGAGACUGAUCUAAGCCAGGAGAAAACCCGCAUUCUAGGUUCAUUAGCAUCUUGUCCUGAUCCCAACAUAACGCUGGAAGUUCUCAACUUUUUGUUGACUCCUGAGGUUCGCAGUCAGGAUGCUGUCAUUGGACUUGCUGUUAGUAGUGAAGGGCGGGAAACCGCUUGGACGUGGCUGAAGGCUAAUUGGGAAUACAUCUCAAAGACCUGGGGUUCUGGAUUUCUAAUUACUCGCUUUGUCAGCGCUAUUGUAUCAUCGUUUGCUUCAUUUGAGAAGGUUAAGGAAAUAGACGAGUUCUUCAAAGCACACCCUAACCCAUCCAUAACUAGAACCUUGAAGCAGAGCAUUGAGCGGGUGCAGAUUAACGCCAAGUGGGUGGAGAGUGUUAAGAGUGAGAAAAAUCUUGCCGAUGCCGUGAAGGAGUUGGCAUACCGGAAAUACUAG